AUGGCCCUCCGCGGGUCCCUCCGGCAGCGCAAAGUUCGCAGGAGGCGAGAGAUGCUGCCGCAGCAAGUUGGCUUCGUGUGCGCGGUGCUGGCCCUGGUGUGCUGUGCGGCCGGCCUCUUUGGCAGCUUGGGGCAUGAAACCGCUUCUGCUAACAAACUCGUUCUACCCGACACAUGGAGGAAUAGGAAGCUGAUGGCACCAGUGAAUGGGACUCCGACAGCCAAGAACUGCACAGAUCCUGCGAUUCACGAGUUCCCCACAGACCUGUUCUCCAAUAAGGAGCGACAGCACGGAGCCAUCCUGCUGCACAUCCUCGGUGCUCUGUACAUGUUCUACGCGUUGGCCAUAGUGUGUGAAGACUUCUUCGUUCCAUCUCUAGAGAAGAUCUGCGAGAAACUCCACCUGAGUGAAGAUGUGGCCGGAGCCACCUUCAUGGCUGCGGGGAGCUCGACACCUGAGCUGUUUGCCUCUGUUAUUGGCGUGUUCAUCACCCAUGGCGAUGUCGGCGUUGGGACCAUCGUGGGCUCCGCAGUGUUCAACAUCCUGUGUAUAAUCGGAGUCUGUGGAUUAUUUGCAGGGCAGGUGGUGCGCCUGACGUGGUGGGCCGUGUGCCGAGACUCUGUGUACUACACCCUCUCUGUCAUCGUGCUCAUUGCUUUCAUAUAUGAUGAAGAAAUUGUGUGGUGGGAAGGCCUGGUGCUCAUCAUCUUGUACGUGUUUUACAUUCUGAUCAUGAAGUACAACGUGAAGAUGCAGGCCUUUUUCACCAUCAAACAAAAGACCAUUGCAAAUGGCAACACGGUCAACAGUGAGCUGGGGGAUGGUAAUGAUUACUGUGAUAGUAGCUCUGAUGACCCCUCCAUGCCGUUGCUGGGGCAAGUGAAGGAGGAGCCACAGUACAGCAAAAACCCGGUGGUGAUGGUGGAUGAGGUCAUGAGCUCCAGCCCUCCCAAGUUCAGCUUCCCGGACGCAGGCUUACGCAUAAUGAUCACCAAUAAGUUUGGGCCCAGGACCCGACUACGGAUGGCCAGUAGGAUCAUAAUUAAAGAGCGGCAGAGACUGAUCAACUCGGCAAAUGGUGCGAGCAGCAAGCCACUUCAGAAUGGGAGACAUGAAAAUAUCGAGAACGGGAAUGUUCCGGUGGAAAACCCCGAGGACCCUUCGCGGGAACAGGAACAGCAAGCCCCACCUCCGCCGCCACCCCCAGAGCCCGAGUCCGUCGAGGCUGCCUUCCUGUCCCCCUUCUCCAUGCCUGAGGCAAGAGGGGACAAAGCCAAGUGGGUGUUCACCUGGCCACUCAUCUUCCUCCUGUGCGUGACCAUCCCCAACUGCAGCAAGCCCCGCUGGGAGAAGUACUUCAUGGUCACCUUCAUCACCGCCACGUUGUGGAUCGCUGUCUUCUCCUACCUGAUGGUGUGGCUGGUGACUAUUAUUGGAUACACGCUUGGGAUCCCGGAUGUCAUCAUGGGUAUUACUUUCCUGGCGGCAGGCACGAGUGUCCCGGACUGCAUGGCCAGCUUAAUCGUGGCGAGACAAGGCCUUGGUGACAUGGCGGUCUCAAACACCAUAGGAAGCAAUGUGUUUGACAUCCUAGUGGGACUCGGCAUACCGUGGGGCCUGCAGACCAUGGUUAUUAACUGUGGGUCCACGGUGAAGAUCAACAGCCGGGGUCUGGUCUAUUCCGUGGUGUUGUUGCUGGGCUCCGUCGCUCUCACUGUCCUCGGCAUCCAUCUAAACAAAUGGAGACUUGACCGGAAGCUGGGGGUGUGCGUGCUGGCCCUCUACGCCGUCUUCUUGUGCUUCUCGAUAAUGAUAGAGUUCAACGUCUUCACCUUUGUCAACUUGCCCAUGUGCCGAGAAGACGAUUAAAACCAAGCCACUGCCCACCCCCAACGGGGGGCUGUUCUGGGCUCUCCUGACACCGGCCUCCUCCCUUCCUCCCUCCCUCUCCCACCACGAGCCUCUCCUGCCUCGGUGGCCACCGUCUGUUCCUCCACACACUGGAAGGAAGAGCCAUCGUGGUCUUUGUCUGGUCACGGGCCGGGCUGCGGGGCGUCCUCCUCCCCCUCCUCAGAGUGCUGCCCCCCCACAAAGCAAGAUUCGGGGGCUGCUGUGGGGGCAGCUUUGCAGACCCCGAGCUGGCAGCCACAGGGACGCACUUGUGUCUCAUCUCUCUCGGACACUUUAGUGAGGACAUCUGCGUGCAGUUCGUCUUCCUGUUGCACGGCAGCCUGGGAAGCGAGGUGGCUGGCGAAUGUGAGGUCCCCAAGGGCAAGUGCAAAAUAGGAAUGUCGUUCUUCAGUGUCCCCUCCGGGCCAGAGGGGGCGAGUCCCCGAGGCGGCCUGUGCUACUCAGACCCUGCGACUUCUGCUGGAAACUCUCACAGCUGGGAAGCGGGGAGGCCUCCCCCUGCUGAGGGCUUGGGGCCUUGAGGACAAACAUCCCACCCCUUUCUCUGGAAACACUAGAAGAACAGAAACUGCCUCUCGCCACAGAAAAGAGAAAAACGCGUGACGUUUCUUACAACUUUAAUUGAUGCAUUCAGAGAAUGAGCAGUAAAAUAUUCCCAAAAACAUGUCAUCUCGAUCAUCAUACUUGAAAAAAAUCUCAUCCCAUACAAAAAGGCCACGCUGGGGACCAAACGCAGGUAACACUCUGUGGAAAAUGAAUCCUACGUGUAUCAUGUCGCACUGCUAUGAGGACUUUUGGUUUGGAAUACAGAAAAGAGUAAAAGACUAACAUCUACCUGGGUGCUAAUUCAGAGACACAGUGGAGAUAGGCGCUCACAGCCAUACGUUCCAGACCCUUCCGUGUGAUGCGGAACACCGUCAGUUUGGGUUUGUCAUUUUUUCUGUUAAUGCGCCGCUCUCAAAACUGCCCUGUUGAAAGACAGAAUUGUCUAUAUGCCCAGCCGAUUCUGGAACCUGCUGGAAGGACUGUAUCACAAGUAAUGUUAAUGACAAGACUAGACAUUUCCUGAAAAGCGCUGUCUGGUUACCUGGAGGCGUGUAGGAAAACCAUAGCUAGGAAUUUUUAGAGCCUUAUCAUUGGCUUCACGUGAAGGGCCCAGGAUGGGAGGCCGAGUCAAAAAUAGAUAGAAAGAUAAUGAAACAAUUUUCACCUGCUUCGUAGCUCUCAAAUA